GGACGAAGGGCGAGUGUGAGGGACUUCUGCGUGAGACGUUGGGCGGGGGGAAUUUUGGGCGCGAGUGCCGACAGGCCCCAGACCUUGCCGGGGAAGAUUGAGAGUCUUUCAGAGAAUAUGACAAGAGUCGGAAGAUGCGAGGGUCGAUUGAUGGAUGGAUGGGACGAUGGCCACAGUGGCCUGGAAGCAGCGAAUGGGCGACUGCUGCUGCGACUCGUGCUCAUUGUGUUCCUUCCUCUCUACCUUCACUCGAUCCAGCAACCAAAUUCAUGUCCACGGGGCGCUGCGGGUACAGGGAAACGCGAAGCUGGGUCCGGGACUCUGCGGCUUGGGGAACGGGGCUAGGACCGGGUCCGGGCGAGCAUUAUAAUAUGCUGGAACUCGAUUGAUUCGUCCAUUGAUGAUGCCUUGAGCAUACCGACCGGAUCGUUCACUGAAGUUUCUUCUGUGUGUGUGUGAGGGCUCGGUCUGCCUGGCUCGCUGGCGGACGGGUGGGUCGGUGGACGAUUCGGUGUUCUUCAUGAAUGCAUGCAAGGGAGGGAUCAUACUGCGAGGGGGGUACAACUGGUUCGGAGAAGUGGAAUGUGAAGAGGUGGGGAGGGGAGGCGAGGCGAGGCGAGGGGCUGCGGUUAGAGGAGACGGGGAUGUGGGGAAAUUAACCGCGUCAGUUAUGGGUAGUGGGGGUACCUGAAGGUCAGGUGGACGAACGGCCGUUAUAGAUGCCCACGUUCUCGAUCAGAUCGAAUUGCUAUUCCUCUAAUUGUUUUAUUCGUUUAUCUUUAAUCGGAGGUGCGAGGCAUCGAUCCAACUUCUUUUUUGUUGUUGCUGUCGCUCUUCUUCUUCUUCUUCUUCAACCUCCGCCUCUGCUGCUGCUGCUGCUUAUGAGGCGUGCGCGGCUUGAGCUUCUUUCGUACCUCGUAUGUCCUACGUUUGCGACUUCUUCGUCCCCUCCUCGCUGCGGUCGCUCUCCGACUCGAUCCCGGCCCUCCUCCCCCUUUCUCCGCCAGGGCAACCCCACCAUUGAUUCGUCCAGCUGAAACACCAGUCCCAUAUUCGCGUUGGACUUUUUAUUUUGUCGACAUCACGGGCGAGGGAAGAAGAUCCUCUGCGACUGAACUCUCGCUGCUGCUUGCUGCUCAAGAGAGCGGAGGAUAGAAGAGGAGAGGAGACAUUAGAGGAGAGGAGCUCUUCGGCUUAUCAUCAUGUCCCAGCUCUCACGAUUCACCUCCAUGGAAAUCAACAGACCGUUCACUAUUAUUUCCCCUUCUAGAUCAAUGAGCAGAACAAGCACCAGCACCUGCACCUGCUAACGGUUUUUGGCUCGACGGGUUAGGCCGAAACGUCGAUCUACCCAUCUACACUUGCAAUUUCGCCUUAGACUGAUUCACUGACUGACUGUCUGACUCGGAGUUGGUCGAUUGCUCUGAGCGUCGGCUUGAUCGCUCCAGCAGGUGUCCCUCCCUCCAUCUCUCCCUCGUUUUCUUUCUCUCCUUCUCUCUCGUGCCAGCGAUCACCUGAAUUCUUGUACACCGAUCCCUACUCCGCCUUCUUCAGCAAAGAUUUCACUGUCAGAGGACGUCGUGGCCGUAAAGAAGGCAGGGGCAAAUUUUGAGAAAGUUUCAUCAGCGUCGACGUGGAACCGAAGACUUGACUCCACCGGCACCAUAAGCCGAAGUUGUAUCUUUGUACUGGCACGCCCAAGUGGAAGCGUUGGCUAAAGCGCGUGCAAGCUCGCAUCUCUCCGGCUCGCGUGACGGAAGGUCCGAGCCGUCAAUUGGCGACACUUCGUGCGGUGAAUUCGUCGUUGUAUGUUCGGUUGGGCGGGCGGGAGAGCGAGCAGGGUAGCCGCCGAUGCCGCCCUUCGCAAAUGAACUAGAUGCCAUAUCUAGGGACGUCCAGCAUCAGCAGCACCAGCAGCAGCAAGAAGAUCUUGAGCAUGCGGACGGCGUAGUGUUGGAGCGAGAAUUUCCCAAGUACACAAUUUUCUUCAAGAUCAAUGAGCCCCACAAGGAGGAAGUGGCACAUUGCGAGCAAAUGGUAGAGGUGCUACAGACGGCCCAAAUACUUCAUGGCAUCCGAUCAGAAAGCAUCGGAAAAUUGACCCGGGCGGACAUUUCUGUCUGGAAUCCGUGGUCGAGCGCCGUGGCCAUGGGCUCGUCUCAGGACUUGCUCCCGGGCUUCGAGGCCAGGAGCUCGGAGGAGAACCACGGCGCAGAAGACGAAGACGACGAGGACGACGACGAGGCGCAGGCGCAGGCGCAAGCGCAAGGGGACAGGCAGCAGUUGGGCUCGUUGCUCAGCGGGCCGCUGUCGCCCGCAGCACAGGCCCCCGGGAGAAAGAGGUCCCUCUGCAGCAUGCUGGAGUCGGACGACUGGCUGCGCAGCUGCACGACGAGCUCGGAGAGCGACCCGGCCGCCAGCGGAGGAAGCGGCGGCGGCGGCGAGGAGCUCGAUCACGAGAGCAGCGACGGCCCCAACAAGCUCGCGAAGACGGACCAAUUCCAAUCGUUCGACCGCAAGAUCGACCGCGACCUGCUGAGCCUCAGCUUGCCCAACUCGACGACGCUCUCCGAGAGCUCGACGACGAGCUCGUCCCGGGGCAGCGACGCGCAGCAGCAGGCGCAGGCGCCCCUCGACGACCUCGACGACCCGGCGUUCCGCAGCGCCCCGCUGCUCUCGCUCGUCACCGACGGGUCGUCGUGCCCCGAUCGCCUGGCGCCCGCGCAGGCGCGCCCCGCGGGCGCCGGGGGCACGAGCAUACGCUCGUUCGCGGACGCGGCCGCGGUGCGGCUGACGCUGUCGUCGAGCCCGAGCCCGAGCCCGAGCUUGAGCUUGAGCGGGGGGCCGCGGCACGAGGGGAAGAACGGCACCAGAGGGCCGCUGCAUCCGCUGGGAGGGCUGGACGCGUCGAGGCUGAACGAGCACAGCCUGCUGAUGCUGGACUCGGACACGGGGCUGGAGGCGCACGGGCUGCAGCUGGUGAACCUGCUGCUCAAGUGCGCGGACGCCGCGGCCAAGGACAACGCUGAGCUGGCGGCGGGCAUUCUGGGCGAGCUGUACCAGGGCGCCUCGCUGUACGGGGACUCCAUGCAGCGCGUGGCGGCGUACUUCGCCGAGGGCCUGGCGGCUCGCAUCGUCAGCCGCGACUCGGCCAUGUACUCGAGCCUCAUGCUGCGCCCGUCGACCGGCGACUACCUGUCGGCCUUCACCACGCUCUACAAGGUGGCGCCCUACUUCCAGUUCGCGCACUUCACCGCCAACCAGGCCAUCCUCGAGGCCGUCGAGGGCCGCUCCGCCGUGCACGUCGUCGACCUCGACAUCAUGCAGGGCUUCCAGUGGCCCUCGCUCAUCCAGGCUCUGGCCUCGCGCCCCGGCGGCCCCCCGCACCUGCGCAUCACCGGCGUCGGCAAGCACGGCGACAUUCUGCACGAGACCGGCCGCCGCCUCGCCAGCUUCGCGCAGAGCUUCGACGUGUCGUUCGAGUUCCAGUGCCUGGUCGCGGAGAAGCUCGAGUGCCUGGCGCCGGAGGCCUUCGCGCCUCGCGCCGGCGAGGCCACGGCGGUGAAUUCCAUCCUGCAGCUGCACCGCCUGCUCAAUCCGACGUCCGGCGAGAAGCUGCACGCCUUCGUGCGCUCGCUGUGCCGCGACUUGCAUCCGUGCGUGCUGACGAUUGUGGAGCAGGAGGCGAACCACAACUCCGCCACGUUCCUGGGCCGGUUCAUGGAGGCGCUGCACUACUACGCGGCCGUGUUCGACUCGCUCGACGCGUCCCUGCCCCAGCAGAACGAGGAGCGCGUGAAGAUCGAGCAGCUGUUCUUCGCGCAGCAGAUCAAAAACAUCGUCGCCUGCGAGGGAGACGAGCGCGUCGAGCGCCACGAGCCCGUCGACCUGUGGCGCAAAAAAAUGGAGAUGGCUGGGUUCUACCAGAUUCCUCUCAGCUCCUACGCAAUAAGCCAGGCCCGUCUCCUCCUGCAAUUUUGCCCUUGCGAAGGCUACCGCCUCCACGAGCGGUCGGAAGGAUCGGUCUCCUUGGGCUGGCAAGAGCGCCAAUUGCUCACCGCAUCGGCUUGGUCCUGCUGAGCUCCCUCGCUCGGGCUUUCAGAGGCUUCUAGCUAGAGUAGUACAGUACACACACAUUCAUAUGGGUCUUCCUUUGUUUCAUGAUCGAUCAUUCACUAGUAGUUCUGAACACACACCAUAUCCUGGACCCCGAAAACUCGCAACUUGAUCCAUCCAUGGCUGAGCGGCUUUAGCAGAGGGUGAGUGGCGCAGUCCAUUCCCCCUGAGAAGACAGAAUUUCUCGAGAGCGACAAGUGGUUUCUCUCGUCGCAGGAAUAAUUUUAGAGCGUAGGUUGCUGGCCCUGGCCCUCUUUAGACAAUCCGCACCUUAAACAAACUCUGUGACAGAAGGGAAAAACGAGGGCGGAAAGAUGGAAGGGGAGCCGGGCAGAUAGACAGCAGGAGGCGGCGGCGGCGACAUCAGCAGCACCGGUAGCAAUUAAUUGAUUCUGAAUUGAUUCUGAAAACACUAAUUCAACAAAUCUGGACACUAUACACCGUUGUACAUUUUUUACUCAAAACAUGCAUCGUCGGUAGCAUUUUGCACCCACGUUCUUUCGUCUAC